AUGGGGCUGUCCGUAAUUCAAGAGCAGCACGAUGUCAUCAUACAGGAGAUCAAGAACAUUACCCAGGGCGACUGGAAAUGUCUGAUAGUCGACGAGACCUCCAGGAAGAUUCUCGACAAUGCAGUCAAGGAGGAUGACGUUCUCAACAAUAAUAUAGCUACCAUCGAGCGCAUCGAAAGUCGUCGCGAGCCAAACCCUGAGAUGGAUGCUAUAUAUCUGCUCUCCCCCGAACCACACAUUGUCGACUGUCUCCUGGCCGACUUCGAGCGAAGGCGGUACCGCAGGGCCUUCUUGGUCUGGACGAACCUCCUAGACCCCAAUCUCAGGAGGCGCAUCGACGAGUUUCCCGGCAUCAGGCAGCUGCGCGCAAGCUCAAAGACGCUGUUCAUCGACUUCUAUCCCAGAGAGUCGCACCUGAUCACGUUUCGCGACCCCUGGAGCUUCCCGAUGCUCUACCACCCGGCGUGCAACUCGCUCGUCCCGAAACACAUGCAGCAGCUGGCGCAAAGGAUUGCUGGCAUUUGCAUAACAAUGGGCGAGUAUCCUAAAGUACGCUACUACCGACCCAAAAACGCCAUGCACGAGGCCAGCGUUCUUUGUUCGCACUUGGCACGGUUCGUCCAGGAGGAGCUUGACGGAUACGCGCACUGGGACCCGAAUUUCCCGCCGCCCUCGAACCGACCGCAAGCUAAUCUCGUCAUAACGGACCGCUCCAUGGACCUCAUGGCCCCACUGGUGCACGAGUUCACCUACCAAGCCAUGGCGGCAGAUCUCCUCCCCAUCAAGGAUGGUGACAAGGUCACCUUCCAUACCACUGUCAACGCAGGCGCGCCAGAUGCUCAGGAAAAGGACAUGGAGCUGAGUGAAAAGGACAAGAUCUGGGUCGACAAUCGGCACCGGCACAUGAAGGACACCAUCGACAAGCUCAUGGGGGAUUUCCAAAAGUUCCUUGACCAGAACCCACACUUUACCAACGAAGAUGCCGAUCCGACGAACCUCAACACCAUCCGAGACAUGCUGGCAGGUCUCCCGCAGUUUCAAGAGAUGAAGGAGGCGUACUCGCUUCAUCUCACCAUGGCACAGGAGUGCAUGAACACGUUUCAGCACAACAAGCUCAUGGACAUUGCUUCGAUUGAACAGACAAUGUCCACCGGCUUAGAUGAGGACUACAGGAAGCCCAAGAACGUUUGCGAAUCCGUCGUCCGCCUAUUAGAUGACGACGCUGUGUUGCCGUCGGACCGUCUGCGACUCGUCAUCAUCUACGUUCUGUACCGCGGCGGCGUCAUUUUAGAGGACAUUCAGAAGCUGCUGAUCCAUGCGUCUCUGCCCCCGCAAGACGCGGAGGUUGCUGCGAACAUGGAGCUUCUCGGCGGCAAGACCUCACAUGCGCUGAAAGAGCCGCGGCAAGUUCCACCGCCACUGUUCCCCCGGGAUCCCAAGGCCCAACAACCGAGUGAAGAGUAUAGUCUCUCGCGCUUCGAGCCGGUCCUGAAGUCGAUGCUGGACGCCCUUUCCAAAGGGACCCUGGACCAAACCGUGUUCCCUUAUGUCAAACCACCGAUGGACCCGAAUGAAGACUUGCUGGUUGCACAAGGCGGCUCGCUCCGCGCCGGACGGCCGAACUGGGCAGCCGCCGGCCGGCGACCUCCCGAGAAUCGCCAGCGCAUCUUCGUCUUCAUGGCUGGCGGCGCGACAUACAGCGAGAGCCGCGCAUGCUACGACAUCGGCAACCUGCGUAGCCGGGACAUCAUCCUCGCCACCUCGCAUAUGCUCACGCCACAACUCUUUAUCCGCCAGGUUAGUGACCUGAGCCGUGACAAGCGGCAACUCGACCUCCCCAUGGAGCGACCCAAGCCCCGUGCCCCCGCGCAUCUUUUUGAGCGCCCUGCUCCGCCUCCUCCCGGUCCUGGCACUGUCGGUGUCGGCGGUGCCCCCCAGCGCAUGGGUGCCGGGCCCGGCAGACCACUCAACUCUGGGUUGCCAACCCGACCAGGCCCUGGUUCGGGCCCCGGCCCCGGCCCCGUUCCGCCGACACAGGCCAUGGGGGCCAUGAAUAUCAACGCCCCAGGUCCGCGGCCCAAGUCUGCGGUUGCCCCAGAACCGCCGAAGCAUGAAGACGGCAAGCUGCACAAGGAAAAGAAGCGGAGGAACUUUUUGGGUAUGAAGAAGUAG